AUUUUCUCCACCACAACACAAACAACAAUACUACACAAUGAAUUACUCACUCGAAAUCAUCGUGUUAUAUACCUCUCUAUUCUUUCUCAUCUAUGUCAUAUUCACUCGUUGGAGGAAGGCAAAAUCGUCGGCGGGUGAAGCCCCAGAACUAGGAGGUGCAUGGCCGAUAAUCGGCCACCUGCACCUCCUAGGCGGCGGGGAUCAACUUCUCUAUCGUACACUAGGUGCCAUGGCAGAGAAAUAUGGCCCCGCCUUCAACAUCCGUCUAGGCACCCGCCGUGCAUUUGUGGUCAGCAGUUGGGAAGUAGCCAAAGAAUGCUUCACCGUCAACGACAAAGCACUCAUGUCCCGACCCAAAACCGCAGCCGCAAAACACAUGGGUUACAACUAUGCAGUAUUCGGGUUCGCGCCAUACACCCCCUUUUGGCGCGAAAUGAGGAAGAUCGCCAUCCUUGAAUUACUCUCCGUCCGUCGCCUGGAGAUGCUCAAGGACGUCCGUUUGUUGGAAAUAAAUUCCGGAAUCAACGAGCUCUACUGGCGAUGGACGGAGAAUUCACAGCAACCAGUGGUUGUGGAACUAAACAAAUGGUUAGAACACAUGAUGUUAAACAUAGUUGUUAUGAUGGUGGCUGGAAAGCGGUAUUUUGCGGCUGGAGGUGGAGGCGGAGGCGAUGAGGCCGAAAGGUGCCACAAAGCGAUCAGCGAGUUCUUUCGGUUGAUGGGGAUCUUCGUGGUGUCGGAUGCGAUACCGUUUCUUUCAUGGUUGGGUUUGCAGGGGUAUGAGAAGGAGAUGAAGAAGACUGCUAAGGAUUUGGAUUUGGUGCUUAGUGGGUGGGUUGAUGAACAUAGGCAAAAGAGGAAAUUAGAUGUUGAACAUGAUAAAGAUGAUGUUAAGGAUUUUAUUGAUGUGAUGUUGUCACUUGAAGAUGAAGGGCAAUUGUCGAAUAUGGAGCAUAAUUCGGAUACAAGCAUCAAGUCUACAUGUCUGGCAUUGAUCCUAGGAGCGAGUGACACAACAGCAGGGACACUAACAUGGGCAGUUUCAUUACUAUUAAAUCAUCCCAGUGUUCUAAAGAAACUGCAACAUGAACUAGACGAGCAUGUAGGCAAAGAAAGACAAGUCGAUGAAUCCGACAUCAAAAACCUCGUGUUUCUUCAAGCUGUUAUCAAAGAAACAUUGCGUCUAUAUCCAGCCGGCCCACUUUUGGGACCGAGGGAAGCAGUGGAAGACUGUACUGUCGCUGGGUACAACGUUAAAGCCGGGACUCGCUUAAUUGUCAAUAUUUGGAAGCUUCAAAGGGAUGAGAGGGUUUGGAGUGAUCCAUCUGCAUUUAAACCUGAGAGGUUUAUGGGGGGUUCAGAUCAUGAACAUGUGGACCUUAGAGGACAACAGUUUGUGCUCAUGCCAUUUGGCACAGGUCGUCGUUCGUGCCCCGGGGCCACCUUUGGGCUCCAUGUGCUUCACUUGACAUUGGCUCGUCUUGUUCAUUCUUUUGAUUUGGGUCAACCGGGAGGUCUCCUGGUUGACAUGACUGAAAGCCCUGGAAUGACGAUUCCUAAAAAGAAGCCUUUGGAGGUCAUCCUGACCCCUCGGCUUGCAUCCAACCUCUAUGCUUGAUGUUUUUGUUUCGUUUUGUUUUUUUUCUUUGUUUUGUCCUUGAGAAUAACUAGUAUAAUUGAUGUAGUAUAAGAGAUUCUUGUAAGUUAUAACUUGACAAAAUCUCAAUCUUCGUCGAACCUUAUUCGCAUAUGUUGGUUUUUGAUCCACCUUACUAUCUCAUACAAUGUACCAAAUGAUAUCAAAUCAUCUUUAUUCA